AUGGAUCACACUACACGUACAGAUGGCUUCCCCGACUUCCCGGAAAGCUGUACCUUGCCUCCAGGAUCCCAUGACACCGGAUCAGACGGUGUUGCUCACUACAUCAAUAUGCGGGAUGAGUGGCCGUCCAGCCGUGCGCUUGCCAGAAGGUACGGUCGGUAUGACGCGCAGGGCUUCUUGGUCGACUUCGAACACACGACCGCAUACUUGCAGCCCAGGAAAGCACCUUCGCCUCCUACUACUACUUGCGGCAGCCCAUUCGCCUCGUCAAGUCUCACCAGCAACUCUCUUGUCGAUCAUUCUUCUUCACGCUCCGAGGCACUGAUCGCGAUUCCCUAUGCGUCCACAUCCGAAUCAGGCUCCCAGUCGCUCGCAAUGCCUCAGAUCAGGUUCAGCGAGGCAUAUCGAAAAUGGUGGCUGGAACAAUAUUCCCGACCAAAGCCGCCAGCGACAGUGCAGCUUGCAAUGAAAAAUUCAUCUCGAGCAAAUUGGCAAGGCUUCUGGCUCGCUCGAGGCACGCUCAGAGGAUGCGAUAAGGUGAUUGAGCAGCAUGGGCCUGGGUAUUGGCGGGCAAAGGGGACAAUGAAGGAUACCGAGCAGCGCGGUGAAGCUGACAGAUCUGACGGCUUCUGGAAGCGUGUCGUCGACAAGAUGCGAAGGAUCAGCAGUGAGGAGAAAUGA